AACUGUUUUGAGCAGAUAAAAUCUAAGAAACUAUAGUAUCCUCCUAACUCUAUUCCAAACCUUUAUUUUGUCAAAUCUUUUGGAUCUCAUAGACAGCUGUAAGUUGUUUUUUCUCUUUACAAUACAAAGGAGAGCAAUGAUACAAACCAAGAAACGCAUCAAUACUCUACUAGUAUAUAUAUAACGAGAAAUUGUGGUGCUUGAUAACAUACUUAGUAAAAGAGAGGGAGUGUUAAGCCAGAGAAUCGUGUGUUUUCAGCUUUCGUUUUCUACCCUUUUUCUGUUAUCACCCACUUUUUUAUUUACCAUUUCUUAACUGUUUCUAUUUCUUUGCGCAAAGGCAUGGUUCUACAAAAUAUUCAGAGUGGUGGUGGUGGAAAUAAAAAUAUGUGUCUUGAUUUAAACUUUGAACCUUCUCCUGAGCUUUCUUUGUCCAGGGAAGAAGCUGCUUAUUUUGGGAGGAGUGAUUCUAUGGAUGUUCUUCAGGAGGGGUCUUUCCGGCGGGUGGGAGACGGUGGUGGUGUGGUGGAUGGUGGAGUUCAGGUGAGAGGUGAAGAGAGGAGAAAUGGGGCCCACCAUGUAAAGCUGUGUGCCAGAGGACAUUGGAGACCUCAUGAAGAUGCUCAGCUUAAAGAACUUGUUUCUCAUUAUGGCCCCCAGAACUGGAACUUGAUUGCUGAAAAGCUUCCGGGCAGAUCAGGGAAGAGUUGCCGAUUGAGGUGGUUUAACCAGCUAGAUCCAAGAAUCAACAGGAAGGCAUUCAACGAGGAGGAAGAGGAAAGACUCGUCGCCGCACACAGAAUCUACGGCAACAAAUGGGCCCUGAUCGCCAAGCUUUUCCCCGGAAGAACCGAUAACUCUGUGAAAAACCACUGGCAUGUCAUCAUGGCCAGAUUACAAAGAGACCAGAACUCUAUUCACAGGAGAAGAAACAAUAAUGCCUCUUCUUCUACUACUACUAUUGUUCCUGCACAAACGUUUUCUCUCGGUGGCGGAAUCACUACAGCGCCUAUUCCUGCUAAUCAAUAUGAUCAGGAAAUGGUGAACAUCGGAACCGUUAAUGCAUGCAGUGGUACCACAUUUGUGUCAACAAACAAGAAUAUUAUCACGGCAUGCAGUAAUGAUUCCGCGACUAUUUCUACAAACACAAUCAGUGCGAGUACUGGUGAUGAGUCCGCAGCUUCGACUUGCACUAAUCUUUCACUAAACCAUGAAUUUCCUGUUUCUGUUUCGAGAUUUUCUGCUCCGAAUCAUUUUCUGUCCAGGUUUAGUCCGCGGAUCCUGGCCCCUCACCAGCCCUUCUCCUGGUCACACCUGGGUUUACAUUCUUUAUCAGCUGCGGAGAAUGUGGAAAAUGAUGCCAACAAGAAGGUACUAAUUGGAGCGGAGGAGUUCAAGACAAACUCGAAUGACUCGAAUUCAGAUGUGGUUUCAGCUUCGGUUUUGGUUUCGGUUUCUACUGCAACGGACUCAAUAGGCAACUACAGAAGGAUACAAAAUAAUCUGAGCUACAAAGACGCUAAAAUGUACGAGCAAGAGAAGAAGGCACCGCGUUUCAUUGAUUUUCUUGGGGUGGGCAGUACUAGUUCGUAAGAGUCUGUUACUAGAAAAUACUAUUAUAAUAUAUUUAACUUUGGUGGGUCUGGGAAAUUUACUGCAGUUUUUUCGAAGAUUUUACUGCUUCUCGUUUGUAAUUAAAAAAAAAUAAAUAAUUGCAUGUAGCUCUCAUCUUUCCAGAUGACUAAAGUGUUUACAUUAUUGAACGUACAACUGUCUGUGUAUAUAAUCUGAUGUUUGGGCAUUAUUUGGA